AUGGCGCGACCUUACUUGGUGUGGUCCUCUCCUCAGACAAGACCAAGGAUCAGCAACCUUGCUGGCAACCACUAUGCCCAUCCGCUCCUCAUCACUCUUGCCAAUAUCGACCCUGAUGUACGUGCUAAAGGAUCCCUCCAGGCAUAUAUCCCUCUUGCUCUACUUCCUGUUGCAAAGUUUAUCCAUAGGGUCAAAUGCAUGCAUGGUGUUCUGGUGGACCGGUUACUUCACCAAUGCAUUGACAUUGUGAUUGAACCGUUGAAGCAAGCUGCAUGCCUGGGCAUCAUGAUGACCGAUACUCCAGAGGAGCUCGUAAUCACCUGUCACCCUCUUCAUAAAGGCUCAUCUACGCUUGCUAAUAUUCGAAAAGUUGUCGCCUCUGUCUCCCCAUCCGACCUUGUGGCAUUUUUCGAGGAGUGCAAGCAAUACCACUUGAACGGUGUCCAACGGCCAUUCUGGAUGGAUUGGGUCACUGCGGAUCCUUCUUCUUUCCUGACACUGGAGUCGCUCCAUCAUUUUCACAAAAUGUUCUUUGACCAUGACUGUGCCUGGUGUAUUGACGUAGUCGGUGCCAAAGAGAUCGACUUUCAGUUUUUCCUUACUUCAGAUGUGUACCAGCGUUAUAUCAUUGGCAUUAUCGCUGGUGCUGCUCCUACCCAAUUCAUAAUGGCCAUCCAGACCCUUCUUGAAUUCAGAUAUCUUGCCCAAGCUCCACAAUUUUCUGAUGAAACACUAAUGGAGUUAGAUAUGUAA